AUGAGUACAACUUCCAUUACAAACAAAUCGUCUACAGGAGGAAAAAAUGAAACACAAGCAUCACAAUCUGUCAACAAUCACAAGACUGAAGAGGAAGAUAAUAAUGUACCAGAGAAGUUAAUGUGGUCGAAUGGAGAGACAUAUGAAGGAACACUUUUUCGAGGGUGUCUUCAUGGUUACGGAAGGUACAAUUGGGCAGAUGACAGUACUUACGAAGGAAUGUUCUACAUGGACUCUAAGGAGGGUUAUGGAACUCUCUGUUUUCAGAAUGGUUCCAAAUUCCAAGGGCUAUUCAAAGAUGGAGAGUACUACGGACCUGGUGUGUUCAGCUAUCCAGAUCACUUUCAAGAAGUUGGAAUCUGGAAAUAUAACAAGCUCUAUCGGCUCUGCUCGUGUGAAAUACAUCAAGACUUUGUUCGUGAGAUGCUACUAGUUGCCCAGAGAAUUUCCGAUUUUAGAAAGAAGGAAAAACUACAAAUAACUCCUACAAAAGGCAUUGACUUAUUGUGGGAAGGAGGCAACUCUCAUGUUAGUGAAAAGCAAAUACCUAACUGUUUGAAAUUAAGUCUUAUGACACAAGAUGAAAAUCAACCAUUGUCAUCUGAGGAUUUGGUGGGCUUUAAUGUGAGUCAGGUUCUUAAAGGAUGCCGACGAGGUUUCGGUAAACCAGGCCUGGUAGAAAACAGUUGCAAAACUUUCCUACUUGCAGCAUCUGAAGGCAAUAUACAUAGAGUCAGAUCACUGUUUCUUAAAAACUCGAUUGAUGUUGAUAUAGCGGAUAACAGUGGAGUUACCGGUCUUAUUCUUUCGGCAGUGAACGGUUGGGACAAAGUCGUACACUUUCUGUUAGAUCACGGAGCAGAUAUAAACCACCUAACUGAUACUAACCUAACAGCCUUGUCGGCAUGCCUCAUGCUUCUGUAUCCACAAAUAUCAAUUUUAUUUCCGGUGGAAAGUUGCCGUUUUUUCGAAACAAGCACCCCACUUCUAAAACAGCCAAAAUCUUCUUGCAGCCUGGUUUCUCAUGAAGAUUUACAAGGUUAUUUCUCAAAAGAAUGUUAUCCCUAUGUACCGCAUCAAACAUCUGCAAAUUCAUUUGCUUUAAAAGAAGAAAAAUACAUCUCUCGAGAGAAAUUACAAAACCAGUCUUUUAGUAGCUUAUAUUUACAUAAAGAAGAAAGCGAGCUUUCAAAUGAAGAAAAUGUUUCGGUGCCUAAAUUACAAAAUCAGUCUUCUGGCAACCUACAUUUGCUUAAAGAAGAAAACAAGGUUUCACAUGAAGGGAAUGAUGCAUACGUAUCAGAAAAUUUAUUUUCCAAAAAUACGCUUUCUGGUAAUUCAAUCUCUACAUCAGAAGAAGACAUUAUGUCUACAUCAGACGGCAUGUCUCAUAAUAACCAAGGCUCCUGUAAAAAGGAAAUAUGUAAUCCCUCAGAUGCAACAGUAGCAUCUUUAGGCUCUCCUAAACUAUUUAAUUCUUCUGUCAUAACAUCAUCCACUAAGGACGAGGAUGUAGCCUUACAUCAUUCUGACGAACGCCAUUUUUCUAAAUCUGGCAUCUCUCAAACAUUGUCCACCACUUCUUUUCCUAUGAUUUCUCCAGAGAAUAAUGACCAAAACUUGAAUUAUGAAGCGUACACGAACUUGAAACGUUCACAUUCCAGUACAUUUUCCUUUAAUACCUCCAAAGUAGAAAAUAUGUACAUGGCUGAUGAGCAAAUUUUGAGGUAA